CGCAAUUAAAAAGCGGACGGCUUCGUCGGAAGCUGCGCGACGAUGAUCGUCCUGCUUCUCUGCUGCUGUGUGGCGGGCCUGCUGCUGCAAGCUCCGGACAACGUCGAGGCCCAAUUCGUACGCUCGCGACUGUUCUGCCCGGCGCAAUGCACGUGUCUCGUCGAGGACACGGUGCGCUGCGUCUUCCAAAGGCUCGCGAUCGUACCCAGCGUACCGGCCGAUACUUCUGUACUCGACUUGCGCUUCAACAACCUCACGGUAUUGCGCUCGAGCGACUUUUCUCACUUGAAGCAUCUUCACACGCUCCUGCUGAACGACAAUCAGAUCGAGCACUUGCCGGCCCACGUGUUCAGCGGCGCUACUAAUCUGCGCUUCCUCUACCUCUACAACAAUCGUCUGCGCAGCCUAGAUCCGCGAGCUUUUUCCAAUCUGCUGCAGCUCGAGCAGCUGUACCUUCAAUCGAACGGUCUGAAGAUAAUCGAGCCCGCGACUUUCGGCGAUCUGUCGCAGCUCCGGACGCUCUUUCUUCAAGAUAACAAGAUCGAGCGAAUAGCCGCGACGGCCUUCCGCAACGUCGCGUCGAUCGCGAGACUCCGUCUCGAGGGCAAUGCACUCGUCUGCGAUUGCGAGCUGCUCUGGCUGCUCGAGAAAGCCAAGGACGGCUCGGAGGUGAGCGCCGAGUGCCAGGAGCCACGGCAUCUGCGAGGCAGAAAACUCAGCGAUGCGACACCGGCUGACUUCCAAUGCAAAAAGCGGCCCGUUAUCAUGGAAGAGCCCGAGGACGUCCAAGUGACGCCAGGUGAUAGGGCGGUGUUUCGCUGCCGCGCCGUGGGCGAUCCGCAGCCUCGAGUAAAGUGGAUGCGAGACUCGAACGAGUUGGCCAUCGAUGGCUACCGCUACAAUCAACAGGCCGACGGCUCCCUCGUCGUCAGCGAGGUCGACGAGAGCGACUCCGGUCACUACUACGAGUGCCUGGCUUCCAACGACAUGGGUCAGGCUCGCUCGCGCAGAGCUCGAGCGCUUGUCGUUAAUGUCGCGCUACCGACUCCUAGGAUCGUCGAAGCGCCGGCCUCGCAGACGGUGCUCAUUGGUAGCGACGCGCAGCUAGUCUGCCGAGUGGACGGCCCAUCAGCGAGGACACUCGUCGAGUGGUUCUUCAGCAACGGUACUCGCGUGCAGGCGAGCUCCCGCAUCCGUUUGGAAAAUAACGGCAGCGUCUUGAAGAUCCUCGGUGUCCAGGCAACGGACGCGGCGCGUUUCGUUUGUCGAGCCAGAAACGGUCACGGCCUGGCGGAGACGAGCGCCGAUCUGCGCGUCGUCGAUUCCUCCCUGAAUAGCUCGGAACCUCCGAGUCCCCCCGUGCUGCUGGUAGAACCUCAGGACAUGGAAGUCGAGCUUGGCUCCAUGAUAGAGUUGGCUUGCAGAGCCACCGGUAAACCGCAGCCCACCAUAACUUGGAGACGAGAUGGCACGAUCGUCCAGGGCAACGGAGUCAGGCUCUCGAAGCACGGCAGCUUGUACUUGUACAACGUCACUGGCAGGGAUUCUGGCAGAUACGAAUGCUCAGCGGCAAACGACGAGGGUCGUGCCAGCGCCACAGCUCUACUGCGAGUCCGUCAGCCAGCGGUCGUGAGCGAGGGUCUCGUGUUUCGAGCGUUCGUCGAGGCCCAGCACGAGAUCGACCGCGCCGUCAACAACACGUUACGCGAGCUUUUCGAGCCGAGCAGUAGUAGCGCGUCUUCUGGUCGCAGCAAUCCCUUUCGAUUAUCGAGGUUCCCGGACGUCGUGGCGAGAAAAGCCGCGAGACCCGCGGAGUUGUUCGAGCGUGCCCUGACGCACAUCCGACGCAUGGUCGACUCGGGUGCUCGAGCCAAUGCGACCGACGACUUCCACUACCAGGAACUUCUGAGCCCUCGACAGCUCGUUCAACUCGAGAGAUUGUCCGGCUGCACAGCCCAUCGGCGCGCGGAUAAGUGCUCCAACGUUUGCUUCCACAAUCGCUACCGAUCUUUCGACGGUCGCUGCAACAACCUGGAGAAUCCGACCUGGGGCGCCUCCUACACGGGCUUCCGUCGACUCCUCAAGCCCGUCUACGAGAACGGCUUCUCGCAACCGGUCGGAUGGGACAGCGAUCGGCUGUACCACGGAUUCCCGAAACCGGCGGCCAGACUGGUGUCCACCGAGCUGAUCUCCACCGAGCCAACGACGGAGGACGCGCAGAUCACGCACAUGGUCAUGCAGUGGGGCCAGUGGCUCGAUCACGAUCUGGAUCACGCGCUGCCCGCCGUCUCGAGCGAGUCCUGGGGCGGCAUCGACUGCAAAAAGACCUGCGAUAACGCUGCGCCUUGCUUUCCCAUGCAGGUACCGCCGAACGAUCCAAGAAUAAAGAACAGGAGGUGCAUCGAUUUCUUCAGAACCAGCGCCGUCUGCGGUUCCGGAAUGACGAGUAUACUCUGGGGCAAGCUAACUCCGCGCGAACAGCUGAACCAGCUGACGAGCUAUCUGGACGCGUCGCAGGUCUACGGCUACGACGAUGAGACAGCCCGCGAGCUGCGCGACUUCGGCAGCAAUCUGGGCCUGCUGCGCGAGGGCCCGAGCUUCCGCAACGCCAAGCCUAUGCUGCCCUACGCCAACGGCCAAUUCAUCGACUGCCGGCGCAAUCUCAGCGAGAGCAACGUCAACUGCUUCCUAGCCGGUGAUUUUCGCGUGAACGAGCAGGUGGGCUUGACCGCCAUGCACACCGUCUGGAUGAGGGAGCACAACAGACUAGCGAGAGCCUUGAAACUGAUGAAUCCUCAGUGGAACGGAGAGAAGCUUUAUCAGGAGGCUAGGAAAAUAGUCGCUGCACAGAUGCAAGUGAUCACGUACCGCGACUGGAUCCCGCUGAUUCUCGGAUCCGACACGGACGAGCUUUUCGGCGAGUACCGCAGCUACAAGGCCGACGUCGACGCCAGCAUAUCGAACGUGUUCGCCACCGCGGCUCUGCGCUUCGGUCACUCUCUGAUCCAGCCGAAAUUCGAGCGACUCGCCCCAGAGCUCGAGUCGAUUCCCGAGGGGCCGCUGCAUCUGCGUGACGCCUUCUUCGCGCCGUGGCGCCUCGUCGACGAGGGCGGCACCGAUCCGCUGCUCCGGGGCAUGUUUGCCACGCCGGCCAAGCUCAAGAAGCCCACGGAAAAUCUCAACUCCGAGCUCACCGAGCAGCUCUUCAGGAUUGCCCAUGCCGUAGCUCUGGAUCUCGCGGCCAUGAAUAUUCAGCGUGGCCGAGAUCACGCGAUACCGUUUUACCUCGACUGGAGGGCCUACUGCAACAUGAGCCGCGUCGAGACGUUCGACGAUCUGGCCGGAGAGAUAAGCAGCGCCGAGGUGCGAGAAAAAUUACGCCGACUCUACGGGGACCCGAGAAACAUCGACGUCUGGGUCGGAGGUAUUCUCGAGGAUCAGUUGCCCGAUGCCAAAGUCGGGCCCCUGUUCAAGUGUCUGCUGGCCGAGCAGUUCCAACGGACCAGAGACGGCGAUAGAUUCUGGUACGAGAAUCCCGGAGUUUUUUCGACCGGUCAGCUCGAGCAGAUACGAAAGAGCAGUUUGGCCCGAGUACUUUGCGACAACGGCGACAACAUCACCAGAAUUCAGAGGAACGUCUUCCUGCUGCCCGGUGGAAGAGACAACGACUUCCGCUCGUGCGACGAGAUACCCUCGAUCGACCUGAAGCUCUGGUACGAAUGCUGCGAGGAGUGCGCCGAGCAAGUGGAAACGAACGACGUCGCGAUCACGAGAUCCAGGCGAGCCACCGAUAAGUAUCUCGCGCACAACAAUUACGACGAUUCGGAGCUUAAAAGCUCAGAUAGAGAGUCGGCACGAAUCGAGGAGAUGUUGAUCGACGCUAAUCAAGAGUACAAGAAGAUCAACAAAGUUUUGCUCGAGUUGAGAGGGAGAAUCAACGAGAUGGAGCAGUUGUUGGAGCAAGUCAGAAGCAAAGAGAGAACGAUUUUCAACUGAUGCGAGCCAACAGCGUACGAUUGUUCUUCGAAGUAAAAGUUUACGCAGCGACUCGCGACUUAUCGCAUUUCAUUGUGUGUACGGUUUUUUGUAUGUUUAAUUGUGUGACUCUUAACCCAAGAAAGCGAUUCUCUGCGUUCGUUUUCAAUCGUAUGGACUUUUCUAUUUUUAACGAUUUUAAUAGUUUUUAAACGAUUGAAAAUGCAUGCAAAAAAUCGCCCUUUUGCUCAUUAUUGGGUCAACUACUUUUCUAUAUUGUAAGCCAUAUCCCAAAAAUAUCGUGAUUCUUUUUUAUAUUAUGCCACUAUUGUUGAUUAUAAAUAUUUAUUUCUCAAUUGGAGCAUUCAUUGUACAAGGUGCUCUCGCGGCCUCGACUCAAUAAGUCUUACUUUGUAACAAUGCAUUCUAUUAGCUAUGUAAAUGAGAUUCGCUAUUCAGAGCGUGUGUUGCUUUUGAACAGACAGUACAAACGAAAAAAUAAAUACAAUCAAGUGCCAUGACAGAUGCUCACUAAACACAAAA